AUGCAAAUGACCAACAAGAUUACCAAAAAUAUCCUCAAGAGUAUCCUGCCUAGCAUCAAGCAGAUUCCACUCGACGACCGGACGCAGAUUCAAGUCUUGCAAAGUCAUUCAGACGUGCACAGUAUUCGUCGCCACCAAUUUGCAGCAUUCAUUUUAGAGACUGGUUCCAUGCUGGUCUGGUCUGACGAUGCGUCUACGCUCGUGCCUUUUGCUGAAGAGCUCGAAAAGAAGAUGGUCAAUCUCGUUUGGAAAGAGAAGCGCAUGGCCAAAGACUUGCUCACCAAAGACAAAGAAAAGAACACUCUCAACUUUACCGAACAAGAGCUCGAGGCAGGCGUCGAGCCUAAGCGCGGGGAGCCCUAUAUGGCUUCCAUCUGCGUUGCCAUGACAUUCGCAGUCAUGGCUGUGUUUUACGGUACAGAAGUGCAUGAAGUGAUGCUUCAGAUCAAGGCCGAGGGCAACUAUAUGUCCAUUGGCAUCAUUCUCUACUUCCCGCUGCUCUUCUUCUUCUCUUCCUUCUUUGCCUAUCUCAUCUGCUGUCUCAUUCUUCAGCUUAUUGGUCCCAUCUCUCAGCUCAACAUCAACUCUAAGUACUACUCUGGCCAGGCGCCUGUACUCAAGCAGCAUCACGACCUACCUCAUAUUACUGUUCAGUGCCCUGUGUACAAGGAGGACUUGGAGCAGGUGCUCGCCAUUACCAUGCAGUCCGUCGGUGAAGCAAUCAAGACUUACGAGCUACAAGGCGGAACUGCCAGUCUGCUUGUGUGCGAAGACGGUCUACAGCUCCUUUCUCCGGCAGAAAAGCAGCGACGUAUCGCUUACUACAAAAUGCAAGGUAUUGGCUGGGUGGCUCGUCCACCUCAUGGCAAGGACGGCUUUGUGCGUGCAGGAAAGUUCAAAAAGGCCUCCAACCUCAACUACACUCUUGAUGUCGCCCACCGCGUGGAAGCCAAGCUUGAAGAAGUCAAUCGUCAUGACGAGUGGUCCGAUAUUUUGGAAGUGCAAGAGUAUGAACGUUGUCUGCAAGAGGUGCUGCAAGACACCCCUGGCUGUGAAGCGGAUGGCAAUGUCCGUGUCGGUGAGUUUAUUCUUCUGAUCGAUGCCGACACGCGUAUUCCUGCAGACUGCUUCGUUGAUGCUGCUACAGAGUUUUACCUCAGCCCCGAAUUGGCCAUUCUACAACAUACGAACGAUGCCUUCCAGGUUGUCAACAACUUUUGGGAGGACUGUAUGGCACACUUUACGCGCUUUGUUACGACAGCCAUGAUGUGGUCUUGUGCAAACGGCGAUGUCGCUCCUUUUGUCGGCCACAAUGCAUUCCUUCGUUGGUCAGCUAUUCAAGAGCUCGGCUGGGAGAUAGAUGGUCGCAACUAUUGGUGGUCCGAGGAGCACGUCUCUGAAGACUUUGAACUUUCCCUGAAAUUGCAAAAUUUGGGUUACGUCGUACGUAUGGCAUCUUACAACAAUGGCGAGUUCAAGGAAGGUGUGUCUCUCACAGUCUAUGAUGAAAUCAACCGUUGGCAAAAGUACUCGUACGGUAUUUCAGAGCUCAUGUGGAAUCCUCUUCGCGUCUGGCUCUUCAAGGGCCCCUUCACACCACUCUUUAGGCAAUUUUUCCUGUCUAAGCAGAUUCGAGGCUUCUCAAAGUUUACCAUGCUGGCGUACAUGGGUACCUAUUAUGCCAUUGCUUCUUGGUGGCCGCUGGCGUUCAUCAACUACUUCAUUUUGGGCUGGUACAAUGUCAAGAUUACCGCACUCUACCAAUCGGCCUUCAAGAUUCUCAUCAGUACCCUGAUGACCUUUAAUGUCUUCCAGCCGGUCGUCAAUGCCAUCUUCAGGUUCCGCACACGCAAGGGAAACUUGUUCUUGUCCCUCUGGGAGAAUUUCAAGUAUAUCACUCUCCUGUGUAUCUUCUUCGGCGGUCUAUCGAUGUUUUUGACAGUACCACUCCUUGCGCACCUCUUUGAGAUCCCCAUUUCUUGGGGCUCUACGAGUAAGACGCUGGAGAACAGUCAUUUCCUCAAGGAAAUGCCGAUGAUUUGGCGUCGCUACAAGUGGUACUAUUUGGUGUGGAUAACUAUGGCUCUGGCAAUGAUUAUCAUUGGGACUGCAGUACCAGCUCAGUGGCGUAUCAACGACUUGCUUACUGUACUGCCCAUGGCUUGGAUGGUUGCAUGUCACUUGCUCUCGCCUUUGGUCCUCAACCCUCAAAGUUUCCUCAGUGAACUGCAUAUUUGA